AAUCAAAGAAAAUGUUCAGCACGCAACAGCAGCUCUGCUCUGGUAAAAUACCGACCUAUUUUUCCAUGAAUUAUUUCUUAUUGCGGUUCACUCCCACGACCACGGAGCGUCUGCACGAGAACGAGCCUACACUGUCGGGAGCGCGCAGCAGUCAUGCCUCAUCCGUCGCUCGCCUCGUCAGUGUUGGAAAACAGAAGAAGAAUUUUGCCUUUCAGCUAAAAUAAACCGUUUUAUUUUUGUUCUCGUGCUAUCGGUCGACCGCCCGCUUCGUGGAAAAGAAAGUGACAUAUUUUGCCAAACUACUCGAUAAUUUAUCUCCCCCCCCUCCACAGUCAACGAGACAAAAGAGGGCAAUAAGAUAAAAGAGGAGUGCAGCUGUGGUGAUGUGCCGUUUCGGGUUCUCAUCCUUCAUUUCGCAGGUCAUUCCUCUAACCUGAUGCUGUUGACACUCCCGACGCUGUUCAGUUCAGGGAUGGAAAUGCUUUGGAAGCCACUUCAACGGACCUGAAGCCAUGAACGACAGUCUUCAUCCCCCGGAAACAACGAGCAGUCAGGAGCCUCAACAUCUCGUGAAAGCUUUAGGACUGUAAGGGAACUGGCCCAGGUCUGCCAUCCUCCUCCUCUAACAUCACACUGCGUUGCACCACAGUCAUGUCUUUUCCCCACUGUGCCCGACCCAUGGAGAGUGCACACCCACCCAGAUAGGAUGCCUGCCCCGCUUGAUGCCCUGCAUCCCCUCCUGCCCAUCACCACCUCCUCCUUCUCCUUGUGUGUACCUGCUCUUGCCAACAGUUCCUUGCGGCCCCCCAGGCUCCACCCUGCCUCGUUACAACAUGGUGGAUGAUUUAACCACCAUGAAGGAUGAUGUCAUCAACGCCAACACGCUGGCUUGGCUGGUCUGCUCGGGCGUGUCCAUCCUUGCCAACACUUGGAGUAUCCUUAGUGUCAGUGCCAAGCAGAAGAAGUGGAAGCCGCUGGAGUUUCUCAUCUGCACCUUGGCGGGCACACAUAUCCUCAACAUGGCCAUCCCCAUUACCAUGUACUGUGUCAUAACACUGCGGCGUCAGCACUCCAACUACGAGUGGAAUGAGGGUCUGUGCAAAGUGUUUGUGUCUACCUUCUAUACUCUCACACUGGUCACCUGCUUCUCGGUCACCUCACUCUCCUAUCACCGCAUGUGGAUGGUUCGCUGGCCUGUAAACUACAGGCUAAGUAACACAAAGAAGCAGGCAGUACACACAGUGAUGGGUAUCUGGAUGGUCUCCUUCAUCCUGUCCACACUUCCAGCAGUGGGCUGGCAUGACACGAUUGACCGCUUCUACACCUCUGACUGCCGGUUCAUUGUGACAGAGAUCGGCCUGGGCUUCGGAGUCUGCUUUCUGCUCCUGAUCGGUGGCAGUGUGACCAUGGGUGUGAUCUGCAUCGGCAUCGCUCUCUUUCAGACCUUCUCGAUUCAGGCAGGUCACAACGCUGACAAGAACAAGUUUAAUGUUCCCACCAUAGUGGUGGAGGAUGCUCAGGGAAAACGCAGGUCAUCCAUCGAUGGAUCAGAACCUCUAAAGACGUCGCUGCAAAUCACCUACCUGAUCAGUGGUAUUGUCUUCAUCUAUGACUUCCUGACUGGCUUCCCCAUACUGGUGGUGAGCUUUGCUAGUCUGAAGUUUGACCGCUCAUACAACUGGAUGGUUUUGUGUGUGCUGUGGUGCUCCAUUGCCCAGUCCAUCCUGCUGCCAAUGUUCCUCUGGGCAUGCGACCGCUAUCGGGCCGACAUCCGCAUGGUGUGGGAGAAAUGUGUCGCCAUCAUGUCCAACGACGAUGUGGAUGAGGAAAACAGCCAAGACGGAGGAAUUCAUGCCGACUUAAUAUAUGACAGACCAUAUGACUAUAGCUCGGCGCCUGAAAUCGUGACGAUAGACCGUAAUGCCAAGUAUGAGUUCUCAACCUUAGAAAGGGGGGUUCUGCAAGGGUAUCCAUUGAGGGAACAACAGGAAGAUAAAAUGCAGUAUUUGCAGGUGCCCCCUACAAGAAGAUACUCCCACGACGAAACCGACAUGUGGACCAGCGAGCGGAUCCCCUCAUACCUGCACAGAUGGGGCUCCACCGAGGACAUGAUAGUGAGUGCCCAUUACAGCUCCACCUUGCCGCGCCGCGAGAGGCGCAGGAGCAGCCUGGUCUCCUACCACGAGGAGAACCACCGUCACCAUCACCCUCACCGCAAGCGGCGACGCUCUGAGGAUAGCAUGCACUCUCUCAGGCAUCUACCCCGCGUGGUAUGUGGCGGGGAGCAUUACGAGGAUGAACUGCGGUGUUUCAGCCGCGACGAAGUGAUAAACUUUAUAGACGAGACGCCGCUGCCGAGCCCCAGAAAGAGCCCGAGACGUGCGUCCACCAUCUCACUUAUCCCUAAUGUGUAUGAACAGCACACAGUCCUUCCCCACUUUCCACUCACAGACUUUGAGCGUGAGCCUCAAGUGCUCAGGCGGUUGUCAGAACACAAAAGAAGCAGUAGUAGGGUCAACUCACCCGAGGGUUCACCCAAACCAGACAGACCUGCGGGAAAGAAGAGUCCUGGGGCUUGUGGUUCUGGGAAAGGCUGUCGAGAGCGCCAGCGAGAUGGCAAACAGCAGGGGGAAAUGGGCUCGCCUGGGUGCAGCCGACAGUCACCAGGGCACUCUGGCUUUAGGCCCAGGACAGGAGGUGGUGCUGGGACUGGUGCUGGAGCUGAAUGGGUACAACAGAAGCAUCUGAGCAAGGCUGAGAGUAAAGGAAGCACAAACAGUUUUGCAAGCACACCCUCGGCAUCAUCCUCGGGAUAUAUCACCUUUCGGUCUGAUUCUGUAGGUUCUACCAUGUAAAAGACAAGUUUUUCCUUAUUUAUAUCAACAUCAUUACUGAAUCAUAAUGAAAACCACUGGUAUUGGUGGUAACCGAAAAGUGACAUACUGGAAUAUUCCGGCCUUUUUACUCAUGCCACACUUCUAUUUAACUAUAUACCACCAAUAAAUAUCUGUUAUGCUAAAUGGCCUUAGGAGCUGUGGACAUAUUGUUUGAAUGGGCCUGUUGAUUUAUUAUGUAGGUUAGUAAAAAAGUUUUCAGCUUUUACAUCACAGUAUCCACUGAGGACAUUUUUUCCCAUCACUGAUGCAGAGAAAUAGUUUUUAAACCGUGUGAACAUCCUCUAACACGGAUUUUGGUGUUUUUUGAUCUUCAAAGAAUUGGAGGGGUUGUUUUUUUUUUUUUUUUCAUGGUGGCGUUUCUUUAUUUUUGUCACUCAAAAACUUUUUUUUUUCAAUUUGCCCUGUAAUGAUUGUGUGUGUUUUGGUGAAUGGAUAAGAGAAUUCCCUGAAUACUGCCAAUGUACCUUGAGCUUGACAUUUUAAAUAUGUGCGUUUUUUAUAAUAAUGUCCACCAUUUUUAUUUUUAUUUUUAUCAUCAUUCACAACAUAAUAAAAAACCUAUUUUUCAAGCACCCUAUGUUGAAGUAAACUGCGAGGGUAACUCCAGUUUCUGAAAUGCCUAUACUUUUACAGUUACUCUGUGAGAUAUUGAGAUAUAGCCUGAACACCCCUAAAUCCUUAAUGAAAAUGUGAAGUCAUUUUUUUUUUUAAAGAAGAUUGACAUGUCGUGUAUAUAUAUAGAGGAUAUCUUGAUUAAUGGUUUUAGUGUUUUCUGUUUAAUUAGACCUAUGGUUAGAACAUUUCCCCUCAAGUCUUAAUAUCCCAAUGUUUUUUUUUUUUUUUUUUUUUUAAAUCUUUGGCUAUCAUGAGGCACAUGAGUUGCUCCUCACACUGAAUACACAUAGAUCAUCAGACUAAUAUGCAAAUGGUACUUCAUCUUCAUGACAGCGCAGUAUGUCAACCUCUUAGAAAUAUCAGAAAGGAUUUUUUUUAAGUAGCCAGCUAAGACAGAACCCUUAAAAGUUGCUAACUAGUCCAAAGGUUCAAUAAUCACAGCCUUCAGGAUGUGAUUGAGAUGUAGCAUAAUUUAAAUGGAGUUGUCGCAUCUUAAACCUUCAAUAAUGUUAGCACAAAUGAGGAGUGUUUUAAAUAAAAAAGCUUUUAAUUGAACAAUACUUCUAGUAAUUUUCCACACACAGCAAAAACCCAACCUUAUAUUUCACUUGUCAACUCAUAACACACAAAAGAUAAAUAAUGGGUAUGACCUGUUUUGUGAGCAUUUUUUUUAGUGUGAUGUUACUUUUUUUAAAACACCAGAUUAAUCAAAGUCAAACCAAAAUCAAAGAUAAAGCAAAUUAAAUAUAAACAUAGCCAAAGUAUCAAUGAGUAAUGCUGUUGAAGGAUUGAAGCUUAAAUUUAUUUCUAUAUUUGGGUAGAGACUGUGAUUAUCUGACACUGUAAGGUGCAAAGGUUCAAUGACACUUAAACAGUAAGUGUUUUUCUGAGGCUUUGUCACGUAGCACCCUCACUCAGAAUAGACAGUAAAGUGAACUGAAUGGUGUAGGUGAUGUUAAAUUAAAGAGUCACAUCUAAUUUAUACCACAGUGAUAAUUUGUUUAAAAAAUGACUGAAAAUUCUUUGACUUAAAAAACAAAAUAAUAAUAGCGGAACCAAAUUCAGUUAACGUUAACUUCUAAUGUGAAUGUAGCUGAUUUGCACAAGUUAGGUGCAAGUUUUCAAAGAUAUUACAGCAUGUGGACAAAGUGAAAACAACAUAUUCCCCUUGAAAGCCUUAUUAGUUGUGAUUUUUUUCCCAUACUAUUCAAGUGAUAAAGUUAUCAGUCAUCUGCAGUCGUGCAAACUUUCUAAUUUUGAUAUAUUGGUGCACCUGCCUUUACCUGCAGGUAUUAAAAUGGAGAUGAGAAGUUAGCUGAAAUGUAUCUGUCUUUGGAAGCAUAUCACCAUGUUCCCCUGUCAAACUUUGCUGUGUCAUAGACUUUUUUGUUUUUUGGGAUUUUUGUUGUGUUUAUUAUAUCAUAAUCUAAUUUUGUAACAUAUUCAAAGAUCUAUGACUCAAAUAUGAAUGAUGUUAAAUGUUAUGAUUUUCUUGUUCAGAUGAUGACUUUGUUAAAAACAUAUGACUGAUUAAAUUCACAAGAUGA